CUCCUCCGAGGCAAGGAACUUUCGGGCGUAAUGUCGACAAUGAUUCUACUGUGGCCUUGCAACCUUGCAUCGUCAGAAUUCCAUGUAUAAAGAGCAUCGGAUCUCACCUCCAGUCAAGGUCUCUCUUUCCAUCCUCAUCCAGCAGACAAGUCAAGCACAGUCUUCCUUCUUCCAGCCCUCAAAAGACUCAACCAGCUUUCCGAAGAUCAAACUUUCCAAAAAACACACUCCAUCAAGAUGAAGUUCUCUCUGACCCUCGCCGUCUCGGCGCUCUUCGCCGCUGCCAACGCUGAUGCCGUCCCCUGGGAGAGGCUCAACAAGAACGACUCCAUGCUCCUCGUCGUCGACAUGCAGGAGGGUCUCUUCAACCUCGCCCGCGACUUCGACCCCACCCUUUACCGCAACUCGAUGCUCGCCCACUCCUCGCUGGCCAAGGUCUUUGACCUCCCCGUCGUCCUGACCACUUCUGCUGAGACUGGCCCCAACGGUCCCCUUCCCCAGGAGAUCCUCGACAUGCACCCGACCGCGCCCCUGAUCAAGCGCAACGGCGAGGUCGACGCGUGGGACAACUCGGACUUCCGCGAUGCCGUCCGCGCCGCCAACAAGUCGCAGAUCAUCCUCGCCGGUAUCACCACGGACGUCUGCACCACCUUCCUCGCCCUCUCCCUCCGCGCCGAGGGCUACUCCGUCUGGGCCAACGUCGAGGCCUCGGGCACCACGACCGAGCUCAUCCGCGACGUCUCCAACGACCGCAUGGCCGCCGCCGGCGUCCAGGUCGUCUCCCUCUUCUCCAUCUCCCUCGACCUCAUGCGCGACUGGCGCAACACCCCCGGCGCCCUCGAGCUCUUCUCCUGGCUCGACGAGUACUACCCCGCCUACGGCUACCUCGCCCGCGGCCACCGCGCCGCCGUCACCAACGGCACCGUCAGCCCGGGCCAGGAGACCCUGCCUCUGUAAAGCGUCGCGAAAAAAAACAGCGGCUUGGAAGACAAUGGGAGGAUGGUAUGAUUCCCGGAUAAGAGAACGUUGGAAUAUAGAACACAAAAGAGCGUGGGGCGAAGGGGUGGGGGUUCGGAAACGCUCGGCAAAGACUUGUUUUGUUUGCACUUCAUCUUUCUAGUCUCUCCUUCACGAGCUCUCGCGGCUAUUCUUAGAGAUUUGGCAUUCGUCGGAUGGCUUUGUUUCGCAACACUCAAAAGCAUACAUAAUGGACGAUCUUGACCUUACUUUUUUUUUGCUCUUGCUUGCCAAUGUCUUGAAAGUUUGCGUCCUGAGCUUUGCGGACCGCCAAGAAACCGAAGCCGUCCGGGCCGACCAGCACGCUUUCGCAUGCUUCCGGCGCAUCUGGGCAGCAUGGGAGGGUGCUCUGGUCCUAGCAUCUUCCGGCCCGUUCGCGGAUCGCCGCACUCAGCCAGGUCCUCCGGCCCCGAGUAUCCCAAAUAGGCAAGUCGUGGGUUCCCGGUGCCGGCACACGGACCAACGCGGAGUCCGUCCCCACCGUCGGACCGGAUGGGGACUUGACGUCCGCCACUCGGACAGCACGCGGCGGCUGACUGUCAACCCCGCCGCCGGCCCUGCUAUUUUCU